GCACCCAAAGCGCGUCUGACCCGCGGGUCUUUCUCCUCCCCGCAGCUUCCCGGAGCAGAGCAGCGCGCCAUGAACCACCCCUGAAACCUCGCAGGAACCUCCAAAACCGCGCCAAGAACCCCCCAAAAUGAGGCUUUUCCGCCGCCGCUCCGGCCCCUUGAAGGCGGCGCUGGCGGGGGCCGCCUUCCUCUUCCUCCUCUUCCUCUUCGUGCUGCCGAGGGAGCGCCGGGAGCGGGGCGCGGAGGAGCCGUGGCUGCGGAUCGCGCAGGGCAAGGCGCAGGUGCUGGACCUGAUGCUCGGGGCCGUGCACAACCUGCGCGACUCGAUGCCCAAGCUGCAGAUCGGGGCCCCGCAGCCCCCCCGGGAGCCGCCGCCCUCCGGGGGCCGCCCCUGCCCGCCCGGGGUCUACACGGCGGCCGAGCUGCGGCCCCUCCUCGAGAGACCCCCCCAGGACCCCGCCAGCCCCGGCGCCGACGGGAAGCCCUUCAAGAAGGAGCGCUGGACCCCCGAGGAGAGCAGGGAGAAGGAGCGGGGCUACGAGAAGCACUGCUUCAACGCCUUCGCCAGCGACCGCAUCUCCCUGCAGAGAGCGCUGGGGCCCGACAGCCGCCCCCCGGAGUGCAUCGACCAGAAGUUCAAGCGCUGCCCGCCCCUGCCCAGCACCAGCGUGGUGAUCGUGUUCCACAACGAGGCCUGGUCCACCCUGCUCCGCACCGUCUACAGCGUCCUGCACUCGGCCCCCGCCAGCCUGCUCAGGGAGGUCAUCCUCGUGGAUGACGCCAGCACCGACGAGUACCUGAAGGAGGAGCUGGAUCGCUACGUGGAGCAGCUGCAGAUCGUGCGCGUGGUGCGGCAGCGGGAGCGCAAGGGGCUCAUCACGGCGCGGCUCUUGGGGGCCAGCGUGGCCAGCGGGGACGUGCUCACCUUCCUGGACGCCCACUGCGAGUGUUUCCACGGCUGGCUGGAGCCGCUGCUGUCCCGCAUCGCGCACGAGCCGCGGGCCGUGGUGAGCCCCGACAUCGCCACCAUCGACCUGCACACCUUCGAGUUCUCCAAGCCCGCGCCCGGCGGGAAGCAGCACAGCCGCGGCAACUUCGACUGGAGCCUCACCUUCGGCUGGGAGCUGCUCCCGGCCCGCGAGCGGCAGCGCAGGAAGGACGAGACCUUCCCCAUCAGGUCUCCCACCUUCGCCGGGGGCCUCUUCGCCAUCUCCAGGUCCUACUUCGAGCACCUCGGCGCCUACGACGACCAGAUGGAGAUCUGGGGGGGGGAGAACGUCGAAAUGUCCUUCAGGGUGUGGCAGUGCGGGGGGCAGGUGGAGAUCAUCCCCUGCUCCGUGGUGGGCCACGUGUUCCGCUCCAAGAGCCCGCACACCUUCCCCAAGGGCACGCAGGUGAUCUCCAGAAACCAGGUGCGCCUGGCCGAGGUCUGGAUGGACGACUACAAGGAGAUCUUCUACAGGAGGAACCAGCAGGCGGCCCAGAUGGCCCGGGAGAAGUCGUUUGGUGACAUUACAGAGCGGCGGCGGCUGCGGGAGCGGCUCCACUGCCGGAACUUCACGUGGUACCUGCAGAACGUUUACCCCGAGAUGUUCGUCCCCGACCUCACCCCGACCUUCUACGGGGCGAUAAAAAACGAGGGCACCAAGAGCUGCCUGGACGUCGGGGAGAACAACCACGGGGGGAAACCGCUCAUCAUGUACCCCUGCCACGGGCUGGGGGGCAACCAGUAUUUCGAGUACACGAGCCAGCGGGAGCUGCGGCACAACAUCGGCCGGGAGCUGUGCCUGCGGGCGGGGCCGGGCCCGGCCGAGCUGGGCGAGUGCCAGUUCCGGGGGAAGCCCGGCCGGGUGCCCGCCAACGAGGAGUGGGAGCUGGGACAGAACCGGCUCAUCAAGAACUUGGCCUCGGGUUCGUGUCUGACGGCGCGGGGGCCUCACCCGGCGCUCGUUCCCUGCGACCUCACCGACCCCCACCAGCUCUGGGCCUUCACCUAACGGGGGCUGAACCCCCCGGCCACGCUCAGGAAAACCAGAACCCACAGAAAACCAACCCAAAACCUUCCUUGGUUGCUUUAAUUUAAGAAGCAAAAGCCUUAAAACUGCUGCGUUUCGCUGUGGCCUUGGACUGACUCCUGUGCCUUCGGAGUGGGGAAUUCCGGGAGCCCAGCUGGGCCCGGGGGGCUCCCCCAGCACCCCCCAAAUGUGGCACUUGUGGAGACCCCCGUGAUGCUUCUCAGGACCUGCUGCUCGUCCUCCCCCUCCCCGCUCCGGCCGGAGACUCCUGAGCUCAUCCCGGGCAUUAAAAAGGUGGAUUCCCUUCCCAGAGGGGGAAUCCAGGUGGAAAAGCGGGAAAGGCGGGUGGUGACCACGGGAGGAGGUGACCACGGAGGAGGUGACCAGAUGGGCAAGGGGAGGAAUUGGGAUCUGUGCCUUGGAUAAGGAGGGAGGGGAUUUUUAGGAAGGUCGUGGGGAGAUCGUGUUCCCGGGGAAAUCCCGAGUUUUCCUUGGAGACCGGAGCAGAACUGCACCAGGUGCUUUGGGAUUCCUGGAGUUUUGUUUCCCUGGGGGCACACGACGAUCCCCGUGAUCCCAAAGGCUGCUUCCCAGCGUUUUCCAGGGGCAUUUUUGGGGUUUAUAAUUGUUGUUGUUGUUGCAAAGUGACGAUUCCCGGGGGCGAUUCCCACUCGGGCUGAUCCGGAGUAGGAUUUUCCCUGGAUGGCACCACGGCAUCCAGAUCUCCUCAGGUCACCUCUAAGUCCUGGUUUGUUGGAUUUUUUUUGUCAAGCCCAACUCCUGUCGCUGCCACUUCUGUCGCCAUUCCAUUUAUCCUCCAGGAAAAUCCUCCUGGAAGGGACUUAAAGGGGCAGAACCUGCCUUGGACACGGGACCUCAAAUAAAGAGAUGAUUUAUUUUCCACA